CGCGGCCGCACGAACCUCCGUCCGUCGUCGCACACGAUGAUGUCGGCCGCGACGCUUCGCGCCGGCGCGUUGUCCGGCGCGAUCGCGCCGCGCCGCGGGAGCGGCGGAUCCGCUCGCGCGCGCGCGCGACGCGCGGACGUCGCCGCGACGAAAAACGCAGACGAUGCGUCGUGUCGCGCGACGCAUUUAACGCCAUCGCGCGCGUCCUCCGCGCCGCGCCUCGCGCACCGCGCGCACCGCCGCGCGCGUCGCCGCGCGCGUCUCCUCGCCCCCACCGCGGCGCUCCCGAUCGACGACCUCGGCGCCGCGGCGAACGCGAUCGCGGACGUCGCCGCGGGCAUCGGGCUCCCGUGCACGAUCCAAAACUGCGGAGAUCAGAUCUACCGAAGCACCCUGGACGCGGAGCUCCGCGGCGAGGUCGCGCCGCUGUUCACCCCCACCGGCUUGACGAUCCUCGGCGCGCUCGGGUUCUACCUCACGAUCACCCCGGGCGUCUUGGGCGGGUUCGUGGACUACUACGUCCUCCGCCCGCUGCUCGGGCAGCGGUCGUUCAGCCUGGACGACUUCGUCAUCGGGAACAAACUCGGCGAAGGCGGGUUCGGGGUCGUGUACAAAGCCACCGGCGUGGAGGACGGCGAGACGUACGUGUUGAAGCGAUGCAAGGACUACGGCGAGGCGGAGAUAUGGACGAACAGUCGUCUCAUGCGCGCGUGCCCGAAGUACAUCGCGAAGUAUCAGGGCGCGUUUUACGGCCCGAAGGAGAAGGGCGCCGCGCGCGGCGGCGGCGAGCAGAGCAUCUGGAAGCGCGCCAAGUCGUUCGCGCAGAAGGCUGUCGAGGUGGACGAUUCAGACGACGAUGAUCCGAUGUGGUUGGUGUGGAAGUUCGAGGGGAGCGAAACCUUGAACGGGCUCAUGCAGAGCAAGGAGUUCCCGUACAACGUCGAGCCUUUCCUGUUCAGAGACUCCGGCGGCGUCGCCGUCGAGGGCGAGCCGAGAGGGCCGGCGCGGAAGAAGGCGAUCAUCCAGCGGAUUUUCAAGCAAAUUCUGGAGUGCCUCUCCGGCGCGCACGCGACGGGGAUCAUCUUACGCGACGUCAAGCCGGAGAACAUGAUCUUCGACCCGAAGGAGGGCAGGUUCAAGCUCAUCGACCUCGGCGCCGCCGCGGAUUUGCGGUUCGGCUUCAACUACCAGCCGAAGGAGUUCAUCUUAGACCCGCGCUUCUCCGGGCCGGAGGAGUACAUCAUGUCCACGCAAACGCCCGAGGCGCCCGCGACGCCGGUAGCGCUCGCGCUGUCCCCGGCGCUGUGGCAGCUGAACGUCCCGGACCGGUUCGACUCGUACAGCGCCGGCGUCGUGUUGCUUCAGAUGUGUCUGCCGUCGCUUCGCAGCGACGACAACCUCAUCGCGUUUCGAAGGAAGCUCGAGGAGAACGGCGAGAGCUUGCAGGCGUGGAGGAAAGAGCUCCCGUCGCGGAUGUUUACCGGGGAGAACGGCGAGGGGUUCGACGUCCUCGACGCGGACGAUCGCGCGGGGUGGGAGCUCGUGAAGUCGCUCAUGUUCAAAGAACGCGAGAAGAGGAGCAGCGCGACGGGCGCGAAAUUUUCCCGCUUCAUCGUCGGCAAGAACCCGUUCGUGACCGUCUUGGACGGCAUCUUCGGCGCGUCCCCGGACGAGGACGACGCGGAGGCGGGCGGGAUCUGGGCGUGGCUCGUGUUCCGAGUCGCGCGAAGCGGCACGAACCGCGAGGGCGGCUUCACCGAGGCGCAGCUGAACCAGUUCAAAGACGAGGGGUCCAUCGACAAGACCGAGGACGCGUCCAAGUACCUGGGGUACGUCGCCACGGAGACGCUCGCGAAGUACGGCGUGAAGACGGUCCCGAGGACGGUCGGGGGUGGGGAGGGGGAUAAGAAGGCGAAGGCGAGGGUCGCGGGGGGAGGUCGCGGUGGGGGCGAGGGCGAGGGCGGCGACGACGACGCGCCGGCGCUGGAAAAGUUCAACCCGUUUCGAGCGCUCAACGCGGGACUGCAGCGGCUGCAAGGGAAGGAGUGAGGACCUACGGAUAGACCCCGCGCGUGCUGUAUCUUUAGCGUCAUCUCUUACGUA